AAUGAAUGGCCAGCAUGUCUGCGGGCCAUGGCAACUUGCUGCCAAUAGCCAGUUGCUUUCUCGAUAUAAAAAGCCCGUGAUAUGCUCUGGGCCAUUUAGUAUACAUCGAACAAUAGCAAAAUGAAGGUUCUAACAAUUGCGAUAUUCGCGGUCCUCUGUGGCGCCAUCGCGGCUCGGCCGAACGACUUCGGCUGGGGACGUAAUCACGGCAAUGAUCAAUGGCAUGACAAAGCACACAAUCUACAGCAUGGUCGCUGGAAUGGGUACGGAGAUAGAUGGCAUGGAAACUUUGGCCGCUGGCAUAGAGAUGAGAGUGGUUGGCACAGAGAUGACCACUGGGAACACCGUGGCCCGAACCACGGAAUGCGUCCAGAACAACCACCAGCACCGCCAAGCUCCACAGAGGCUCCCGUGGAGACUACGCAGGCUCCCGCAAAACCGGAGGAAUCAACUCAGGCUCCUGGGGAGCCAAUUGAAAGUAGCCAAGCACCUGAGGAGACUACCCAAACCCCAGAGCAAUCUACUGUAGCACCUGAGGAGUCUACGGAGGGACCCGAAAAGUCAACAGAGGCACCCGAGGAGACUACUGUGGAACCCGAGGAGUCUACAGUGGCACCUGAGGAGUCUACAGUGGCACCCGAGGAGUCUACAGUGGCACCCGAGGAGUCUACAGUGGAACCCGAGGAGACUACAGUAUCACCCGAAGAUUCAACAGUGGCACCCGAGGAGUCUACAGUGGAACUCGUGGAGUCUACAGUGGUACCCGAGGAAACUACACUGCAACCCGAAGAGACUACAGUAGAACCCGAGGAGACUACAGUAGCACCCGAAGAGUCUACCAAAGCGCCAGAAGAGCCUGAAGAGUCUACUCAGGCAUCCGAAAACCCGACAGAAACUACCCAAGCUUCCGUAGAGCCCGAGGAAUCAACGACAGAAGGUUCUGGAGAACCUGUAGAGACAACGACAGAAGCGGAGGAGGGCAGUGGUUCGGCGAGGUUAUAAAUUCUCUCUUAGGAAUAUCCUUAUUAGUAAGAAUUGGGAAUCCAAUAUAAAUAAUGGGUUUUCAUAGUUAGGAAACGAAAUGUUAUGUUAAUUAGU